ACCUGUGCCACUCUGCAGUGUCACACACCUGUGCCCAGAAGUGCCACCUACCUGUGCCCAGCAGUGCCACCCACCUGUGCCCACCCACCUGUGCUGCCCACCAGUGCCACCCACCAUGCCGCCUAUCAGUGCUGCAUAUUAGUGCCGCCUAUCCGUGACACCUCAUUAGUGCUGUCUAUCAGUGCCGCCUAUCCGUGCCACCUCAUUAGUACUGCCUAUCAUUGCCCUUUAGUGCUGCCUAUCAGUGCCCAUCAGUGCCGCCUAUCAGUGCCCAUCAGUGCUGCCUCAUCAACGCACAUCAGU